AUGCGCCUCCCGCUUCUUCCACGGUCUCCUCCCCUCGCCGCCGCUGUCGCCGCCAUGCCUCCUCGCCGCCGUCGCGUUGUCAGAGCGCCGUCCCUCACGCCGUCUCCUCCACAACUCUCUUCUACCCCGCCGCCGGUCCCGUCCAUAGAGGCCCCCAAACCUGAAACCCCCGACCACCACGAUCCCACUCCCUCCGCCCGUCGCCGCCUCCCCCUCGCUGCCGGGGCCGUCGAGGCGCAGGAAGAGUGGCAUCCACUCCCGCUCUCCACGGCCGACCUUUCCCUCCCGCUCACCCUCCCCACCGGCCAGACCUUCCUCUGGCGCCGCACUUCCCUCUCUCCGCUCCGCUUCACCGGUGCCGUGGGGCCCCACCUCGUCUCCCUGUCCCACCUGCCCGACUCCGACGAUGGCCGCCUCGCAUUCCUCCUCCACAACGGCGGCGGUUACUCCACCUCCUCGGUGCCCGCUGCCCGCGCCGCGCUCAGCGACUAUCUCAACGCGGCCGUCUCGCUCGCCGACCUCUGGCGGCAGUUCGCCGCCGCAGACGAGCGCUUCGCUGAGGUCUCCGCGCGUCUCGGCGGCGGCGGCGCGCGGGUGCUUAGGCAGGACCCCGUCGAGUGCGUCUUCCAGUUCCUCUGCUCCUCGAACAACAACAUUGCCCGGAUCGAGAAGAUGGUGUGGACGCUGGCAGGCUACGGGGAGCGGCUCGGCGAGGUUGGUGGGUUCGUGUUCCACCGGUUCCCCACGAUUGAGCGGCUCGCGCGCGUGUCGGAGCAGGAACUUCGUGAGGCCGGGUUUGGGUACAGGGCAAAGUACAUUGUUGGCACUGCUAAAGAAUUGCAGGCCAAACCUGGUGGAGGUGAAAAAUGGCUUGCCUCACUGCGUAAGAAGGAGCUUUCAGAUGUGAUUGAAGCUCUUUGCACUCUGCCAGGUGUUGGUCCAAAGGUCGCUGCCUGCAUUGCUCUGUUCUCCCUUGAUCAAAAUCAUGCUAUUCCUGUUGACACGCAUGUGUGGAAGGUUGCUACACAAUAUCUAUUACCAGAGCUAGCUGGCAAGAGCUUGACUCCAAAACUUAGUGUUAUUGUUGCUGAUGCCUUUGUUACUAGAUUUGGAAGCUACGCUGGUUGGGCACAAAAUGUUCUCUUCAUUGGCCAGCUACCUGCUCAAAAACUUGUGGUGGCUCAAGUUACCAGUGACAAUGGGAGGUCUUCGGUGUCUGCUGAGUUGGCAUAUGGUUUUCUUGCAGUCCUGAAGAAGUGA